UUUUUUCAGUGACAAGUGAAAAGAAGACAAGAUCACAUCUCUAGCCAGCCAUGCAGGCCAUAAAGUGUGUUGUGGUGGGAGACGGAGCGGUGGGAAAAACAUGUCUGCUCAUCAGUUAUACAACCAAUGCUUUCCCUGGAGAAUAUAUCCCGACGGUGUUUGAUAACUAUUCAGCUAAUGUUAUGGUGGACAGUAAGCCAGUGAACCUGGGAUUAUGGGAUACAGCAGGACAGGAGGACUAUGAUCGUCUAAGGCCACUUUCUUAUCCCCAGACGGAUGUUUUCCUAAUAUGUUUUUCCUUGGUGAGUCCAGCAUCCUUUGAAAAUGUGCGGGCAAAGUGGUUUCCAGAAGUCAGACACCAUUGCCCAAGCACCCCAAUAAUCCUUGUUGGAACCAAGCUUGAUCUACGUGAUGACAAAGAAACUAUCGAGAAGCUUAAAGAAAAGAAGUUGGCCCCAAUUUCAUACCCACAGGGCUUGGCUCUAGCCAAGGAGAUUGAGUCUGUGAAGUAUCUCGAGUGCUCAGCACUCACACAGCGGGGUCUUAAGACGGUGUUUGAUGAGGCUAUCAGAGCGGUGUUAUGUCCGCCACCCUCCCGGCCUAAGAAACAUGGUUGUGUCCUGCUGUAAAGGAUUGCAGAAAAAGGAAUCCCCAGCUCGUAUGUGAAGACGAUGACGUAGUCCCUUACGCCAAACACUUCUGUUUGCUUGGCCUCCCUAUUGCCUGUGACCCCCACCCACCCUUCCUAAACACAGACGUGGUCCUUGCUUCUGUCCAACACAUUGUCC